AUGAGCAAUCAAGUAAAAGUCGCGAUUGUAACAGGCGCGAAUAAAGGAAUUGGUUACGCAAUAGUACGUAAUCUCGCAUUAUCCUACGCUUCUUCACCAUCAAAACAACCUUUCAUCAUCUAUUUAUCCGCUCGUAACGAGUCGCUUGGUAAAACAUCACUGGAGCAAAUAAAGCAAGAGUUCGUUGGACGUAAAUUGCUGCAAAAUGAUGGUGGAAAUAUUGAUAUCAAAUUUUUGAAGAUUGAUUUGACAAGUAAAGAAAGUAUCAAUGAAGCGGCUGAGGUUGUGGAUCGUGAGCACGGAGGCCUAGAUAUCUUAAUAAAUAAUGCUGCAAUGGCAUUUAAAGGUUCUGCAUUCGACUCGAACGUUGUGCGUACCACGUUGGCAACGAAUUUCUACGGCACAUUGGAAAUGUGUAAUAAAUUCAUUCCACUAUUUCGUGAAAAUGGCCGUUUGAUAAAUGUGUCAAGUACUGCGGGAAGUCUUCGGAUUUUAAGUCCGGAACUUCGAAGCAAAUUCACGAAUCCUGAAUUGGAUAUUGAUGGAUUGAUUAAAUUGAUGGAAGCGUUCCAGGACGCGGUCGACCAUGGUACUUGGGAACAAAAAGGCUGGCCCACGCAAGCAUACGGCGUCUCGAAAACUGGAGUAACGGCAUUAAGCCAUAUCCUCGCGAGACGCUUCAAAGCCGAAGGAAAAAAUAUUUUAGUCAAUUCUUGCUGUCCUGGAUGGGUGAAGACUGACAUGGCUGGUCCGCGAGCACAUUUGACACCUGAUCAAGGUGCCGAAACUCCGGUAUUUCUUGCCUUGGACGAAGAAACUGUGCCAAAUGCGCCAAAUGGAGAACUUUGGAAAUUGAAACAAAUACUUGAAGAUUAG